AAUAUUUUCUUCACAACACAAUAUCACUGCUUCAAACCCUAAUAUUCCCAUUCUCCUUCUUCAUCUUUCUACUAUGGCUUCCUACACCGUUGUGCUGAUGCUUUUGGUUGCACUGCUGCUGGAUUCCACAGUUGCUCGAUCACCACCAUCAUCAUCGCCCAUGUUUUCUCCGUUUCCAUCACCAAUAAUUUCUCCCUCCGCUAACUCACCAGUGGCAUCUGCUCCUCUUCCUGGUGCUUCAUCUCCUUCACCGUUCGCCAUCAACUCACCAGCAUCUGCUCCUCCCGCUGCCGCUCCUGGUUCUCCAGCUGCCGCUGCUUCUCCCGUUGCCGCUCCUGCUGUGACUCCAUCGUCGAUCUCUACUCCUCCAUCUCAAGCACCAUCACCAGCGAUUUCUCCCUCCGCUAACUCAACGGCGGCAUCUGCUCCCGUGCCUGCGAAGAGCAUUCCUUCUCCAUCACCGUCCACCAACAACUCUCCACCAUCUCCUCCUCCUGCUAUUACUCCAACGUCUAUCUCUACCCCUCCAUCUAAAUCACCAUCAACAUCCACAAACGGCGCCGCUUUCAACAGAUUCACUGUUGCCGGAUCUGCUGCUGUUGUGGUUUUCGCUGCUGUUUUGAUGAUAUAGACUUGGCUGAGUUUUUUUUGUUAGGGUAGACGCUGAGAUGUUUCUUUUUUUGACUUUUUUG